CAAAGACACCGGGCGACCGAGGCCCUUGGGUGGGCGACCGGCCCGGGCCCAGCUUUCCGGACGGACCACCGCCUGCUCCAGCUGUCUACUUGGACUGGUUCUCCGCAGCGGGCAGCCAGGGGAAGAGCGACGAUGGCGUCUGGAGAUUUCUGCUCCCCUGUUGAGGGGCUGGAGCUGCUCCAAAAGGUGUGCGGGCACCAGUUGCCACCUUGCCAGCUGGGGGAGGAGGACCUCCUGCGCAACCCACACUUCGCCAAGCUGCUGCUGGGCCUCGCGCAGCGCCUGGACGGGACCGGCCUGAGCAACGCCCUGGCCGAGGAGCAAGCCCAGGCCUGGAAGGAGGUCCGGCUCCAGAAGACCAUGUGGCUGAGGUCGGAGGUCCUGCACAGGGUCAUUCAGGAGAUGCUGGUGGAUUAUUACGUCAGAGCGAGGGAUGCCAACCUGAGCCCGGAGGACCGGAAGUUCCACGAGACUCUGGAACAACGCCUCCUGGUAACUGAACUGACCCGCCUACUGGACCCCCCGGCCUGCCCGGAGAAGGAAAACCCGCCGCCGCCGCUGGGACUGGAGAAGGCCGACCUGCUGGACCUGAUGCCCCCCGCAGAGGACUCUCGUUUGCUGCAGGAGCGGCUCCUGCCCGCGGUUGAAGAGGGGCUCAAGAAGAAGUGCUUCUCCCUGCUCUGCUACCACGACCCGAACUCAGACUCCGACGCGGACAUCCUGAAGGCAGCAAAGGUCUGGAAGCUGGCGGAGACCCUGGCGGGGGAGAAGCAACAGAGGGAGAAUGCCAAAAGCCGGCAGAAGGAGCAGAUAGUUCUACUUGAGAAGCAGCGGGCCACUUAUUCCCAGGCUCUACUCCGCUGCCUGGCCCUGCUUCGGAAGCUGUUGCGGGAACAUCGGCUGGAGACGCAGGCGGAGCUGGACCGCCAGCACGCCCAGUACUUGGAAGUCAAGUGUAAAGCCAUGAUCCUGAAGCUGCGGAUGGAGGAACUCCAGGUCCUGUCAGACACUUACCCGGCCGAGAAGGUGGAGGUCCAUCGCAUCAUCAGGGACAGCCUGGAGGAGGCGGCGCGCACACAGGAGCAGGACCUGGAGAGCUGGCGGCGGCAGCUGGGCGCGUACGAGGGGCUGGGCGCCGAGUUCGACGGGCUGGUGCGGGAGUACGCCCAGCUGAGGCAGGAGAUCGACAACAAGCGCUGGGCCAUCCGCGAGUUCGACAAGUCCUGCCGCUGAGCCCAGCCCGGUGCCCCUCUCCUCCCUGCCCAGCCCUGCCGCCAGACCUGGUCUCUAAUAAAGUGGGGGUGACCCUCA